AUGCACUUGUCCUCUCUGCUGCUUCAGUUUGUUUCAUCUGGAGGUUUGCAGCUGCUCCUGGAGAUCUUCAGCUCAGGCAUCCUCGAGCCCAAAGACCAGGGGUCCUGGACUGUGUGGCAGCUGGACUGCUUGGCCUGCUUGCUGAAGCUGAUCUGCCAGUUUGCUGUGGACCCGGCGGACCUGGACCUAGCCUAUCACGACAUUUUCUCCUGGUCCAGCCUCGCCGACAACCAGCGCAAGCGAGCUUGGCCUGGCAAAUCCCGCAAAUCUACCGUGGAUCAUGGGAAAGGCCUUCACAUCCCUCGCCUCACUGAGGUCUUUCUCAGUCUAGUCCAAGGCACCAGCCUUAUCCAGCGCCUCAUCAAUGUUUCCUACACCUAUGACAACCUUGCACACAGAGUUCUUAAGGCUCAGUCUGACCACAGGUCACGACAUGAAGUGACACACUACUCCACGUGGCUGCUGGUGAGCUGGGCUCACUGCUCUUCCUCCGUGAAGUCCAGCUUAGCGGACAGCGACCACCUCCACGACUGGCUGAAGAAACUCACCCUGCUGGUGCCUGAGCCGGCAGUGAGGCAUGAGGCGUGUAAUGGCCUCUACAAGCUCUCCCUGUCUGGUUUGGAGGGGGGAGAAUCCAUCAACCGGUCCUUUCUGCUGCUCGCCGCCUCAACGCUGCUCAAGUUCCUGCCUGAUGCGCAGGCCCUCAAACCUCUGAGGGUGGGUCUCAUACAUGUCUGGUUUGUGCUGACUGAGAAACCAUGCGUUCCCUAA